AUGACCCGGAUCGGAACUUUAACUCCUGGGUUGAUUAGUUUUUACCAGAAACAUCGGGAGCUCUCGAAAUAUGAUCUAAUAUCGAUUCAAACAUGUUUGUACAUAUGUCCAUGAAGGAUACCCCGCCUUGGAUGUGAGUCCGUCCGCACACCGGGACUCUUCAUAUUUAUCCAUCACACGGGGCACAGAAGGAGGACCCGGCACUCCCAGGUGGUUUCUGGUUUAUAGUGGGUACGGCUGGUGACCCUUUCCCGGCGGCAGGAUGACGUGCCGUGACAGAACCCUCGAGUUUCAGUCGGCCUGCAAGUCUCUCCAGGGCAGACAGAAUGGAGUCCAGCCCAGUAAACCAGCUCUCAGCGCUCUCAGGCAGCGCAGUGACUUUACCGUUAUGGCCAAGAGAAUUGGGAAAGACUUGAGCAAUACAUUUGCCAAACUGGAAAAGCUCACUAUUUUGGCAAAAAGAAAAUCUCUGUUUGAUGACAAGGCAGUGGAGAUUGAGGAGCUAACAUACAUCAUUAAACAAGACAUCAACAGUCUAAACAAACAGAUAGCACAGCUGCAGGACUUGGUGAGGUCCCGUGGAGCCCCGGGUGGCAGGCAUAUCCAAACCCACUCAAACACUAUCGUGGUGUCAUUACAGUCCAAACUGGCUUCAAUGUCGAAUGACUUCAAAUCAGUCCUAGAAGUCAGAACAGAGAACCUGAAGCAGCAGCGCAGCAGGAGAGAGCAGUUCUCCCAGCCUCCUGUCUCGUCUUCUCCUCUGAUGGCCAACAACUUCAGGAGCCGCAAAAAAGGGGCCCAGGAGCCGCAUGCAGCUCGCGAGCCGCGCAAUGACUACCAGGGCUAUACAACCUCAAAUUUAAAAGAGAGCUCAGUCCUGAUGCAGGAUGAGUCCCGGAGUCUGGGGGAUGUGGCCAUCGAUAUGGACUCUCAGACCAAUCCCUUGCAACUCCAACUUAUUGAUGAGCAGGACUCAUACAUCCAGAGCCGUGCAGACACCAUGCAGAACAUUGAGAGCACCAUUGUGGAACUGGGCUCUAUAUUCCAACAGCUGGCACACAUGGUCAAGGAGCAAGAGGAGACGAUCCAGAGGAUCGAUGCAAACGUGGAAGACACACAGCUUAACGUGGAGGCCGCCCACACAGAGAUCCUCAAAUACUUCCAGUCAGUCUCCUCCAACCGCUGGCUGAUGAUCAAGAUCUUUCUCGUCCUCGUCGUCUUCUUCAUCGUCUUUGUCGUCUUCUUUGCCUAAAGAAAUGAGGAGUGGCUGAAGGGAGGGGAAAAGCACAUCGAAUGAGGGGAAGCUGAAGCUAAAACUGAAGCUGGACUGAGACCACAUGUCCCAGACGUCUUAUUUGAAGGACAGACUCCUCUAUCAAAGUGACGGUUUGAUGGAAGGCUUGGGAUCCACUCAGAAAUAAUACAGACUUGUCGGUUAUUCCCAAGCCACAGACUCUCGAUCUUAAUUCAACAAUUCAGUGAAGAAAGAAGAUGCUGAACUCUGUCCAAAUAAAAAGAAUAAAUUAUCUAAAAUCCCUACUUUGUAUAGAGAGAGCAGAAAACUGCUCUGUAUUGUACUUUGACCAACUAUUCAUAAACAUUUAAUCAAAAAUGGCUAAUUUAAUGGUUUGAUUCUGCAAACUGUCUUUUUAAUUUAGAUUUUUUUUUCCUGUUUACUCCCUUUGCCACAUCAUCAUUAUUAUUGUUAUUUCAAAGCCAAACAACAGAACUGGAGUUUAUCCUCAGAUUAUUUUGCUUCUUAGUUUACUUGCUUUUUAUUGAAGAGAAAGCCUGUGUCUCAGUUAUUAGCAAUUAUUCACUUGCCACCAUUCAGUUAUGAUGUGAAUUUUUUUUUUUUUUAUCCAUUUACAUUCUGUUUUUCUUUCAAAGUCUAUUUGCCAAAUGGGUACUUUUAUUGAACUGUGACACAUUACAGAGACACUCGCUGUGGUCCAGCAUUUCUGUCUCCUGAAGGCAUGAAAAGGCAUUAAGAGCCAGCUGAAGGGAGCUUUGCUACAUAAUUCAGGCAUGAGCUGUACGAAUGUUGAUAAGUAGUGUAACAAAAAUGUUUUAAAUUAAACCGUGUGGUUAGCAGCCACGAGGCAAGUUGAAUUGUUGAGAAAGUGCAAGCCUCACACAUUGAUUGCUGCAGCAAGACUUCAGCUUAUGAGUCUCUGAACAGGAUCCAGGUUCGACAUCAGUGCUUAUGAAGGGGUUACACUGGUUUGAAGGCCCACUGAUGAAGUGACUCAAUCAGCCAGAUUCCCUGGAAGUGUCUGGUUGGAUGUCACUGUUGUAGUUACUUUCCCUCUUUAUCUAAUGUACAGGAUGUUAUUUAAAUGACCACAGCUUUUUAAGAAGAAAGAAAACAUUCUUCCUAUUUUUCCCCGUCUUUUUUUUUUCUUUCUUUUUAGCCAAAAGCCUUGACUUUAAUGUACAAAGUGCAAAUAGUGAUAAUGAUGUAUUGAUAAGAAAGUGCAUAUUAAUAAAAUAAUAAUGGGGUGCUGGCA